UGUGGCAUCACUCUCAUAUUACACACAGCGAAAAGCGCUCCAGCCAAAUACCACAGUAUGUAUGAUUGGAUUUAUUUCACAGGUAUAAGGGUUGGCCUUCUUUUUGAAAAGUUUUUAUUUACUUCUUGAAUUGGUUGUUUGUUUCACUAUCCUCUCCAUGGAUGUAUAAAACUAAGGCAAAAUAAGCAAAAAGGAUUGUAAAGUAUUUUUUAUUUUCAUUUGUACAUUUUGGAUGCAUUGCACUGACAAGACAACAUGUUGUUGUCAGCGACAUUAGAGGAACUUCUCACCAACCUUUUUUGUCUUCGGAGACAGACAUCCAUAAACCACUGGUAGUGUUUGGAGGAUCUGGACACUGGCCAGUGAUACAUGAAAGCUGUUUUACGUUUGCUUUGAAUGAAUAGAAGCGAGAGGAUGUGACAUAGAGAGACCAAGUUCUUGUGAGUUUGACUUUAAAAAUGCUAGUACAAAAUGUAUUUUUUUACCCGUAAUACAUGAAAAAUAUAGUUUCACUUUGUGUAUCUCUCUGCUUAUGAAGAUGGAUUUCAACUUGAGUAGCACAGUGCUCUAUGCGGUCAACAGCACUGUGACCCCCUUCCUCAACAAUACAGGACCCUACCAUCCUGCAGCGGGACCCUGGAGUCUAUUACUGCUGGUGAUCAUCAUCAUGACCAUUGUGGUGGGCAACCUGCUGGUCAUCAUCGCUAUAGCACGGACAUCCCAGUUACAGACUAUAACUAACAUCUUCAUCAUGUCCCUGGCCUGUGCUGACCUUAUCAUGGGGGUUCUGGUGGUCCCUCUGGGGGCCACCAUAGUGCUGACAGGAAACUGGCAGCUGAGUGACACCUCUUGUGAGCUCUGGACCUCCGUAGACAUGCUCUGUGUCACGGCUAGCAUUGAGACUCUUUGCGUGAUUGCAGUGGACCGCUAUAUUGCUAUUACAAGGCCCCUCAGGCACAAGGUUCUGCUUAAUAAGUGGCGUGCCCGGUUAAUAGUGUGUGUGGUUUGGAUUGUGUCUGCUCUGAUAUCCUUUGUGCCCAUCAUGAACCAGUAUUGGCGAGCAGAGGAUGACCCGGAGGCCUUGCUGUGCUAUCAGGACCCUGCCUGCUGUGACUUUUUGAUCAACCGGACCUUUGCCAUUAUAUCCUCUGUAGUGUCAUUCUACAUCCCUUUGCUCAUAAUGAUAUUUGUCUAUGCCAAAGUCUUCCUUAUAGCCACACGACAGGUACAGCUCAUAGACAAGAUCCGUCUGCGCUUCCAGAGUGAGUGCCCAGUCCCCCAGACACAACAGCUGAGCCACCACAGUAACAACAUCCUGCCCUUGGCCUAUGGAGGCUCCUGCAGCAGAAGCAGCACCAGCUCAGCUCGCAAGAGGAGCUCCAGGCGAAGGCCUUCACGGCUAACGGUUAUCAAGGAGCACAAGGCCCUCAAGACCUUGGGCAUUAUCAUGGGCACCUUCACCCUCUGCUGGCUGCCUUUCUUUGUGGCUAACAUAAUCAACGUGUUUGACAGGAAUGUGCCCCCUGGAGAGAUCUUCCGCCUGCUCAACUGGCUGGGCUACAUCAAUUCUGGCCUCAACCCCAUCAUCUACUGCAGGAGCCCUGAGUUCCGCACUGCUUUCAAGAACCUACUGGGCUGCCCCUGGUUUUCCACCCCACGAUUUAACAUCUUCUACAAGGAGCUGCGGACACGAUGCCCCUGCUUCCUGGGUUCGGCUGAGGCAGGGGCGGCCUCUUUUCAGAAGCCCCCUGCUGCUGCCACGCCUGAGGGUGAUGAGAGCAUGGCCAGCAGUCAGAGCAGCUAUAAGAGUUUGGAACCUUCCCCAGGACCCCCACACUCCAACGGCAUCACACAGUUCAGUGACUUCUCAGAACCAGAAAAUUAAUUGAUGGGAUCAAACCUCGGAGAACAUAAAACGAGGAACAGGAUAAGAGGAGCAUGGUAAUGUGAGUAUCUGAUCAAAUCCUACAUCUAAAGCAUCAAGAAGAAAAUGGUGGGAGUUGAGUAAGCAGUUCACUAUGGGACAAAUCCAAAUGUUAAGCCAAAGUUUUACUUCGCUGUCUACAGCUGAGUAAAGUUUAAAGAAAUUGGCAAGUAACUUAAAUCAACUUUAUCUCAUCGAUUGUUUCUUUCAUACUUACUGUACCAUUGAUAGUAAUGACCGGAGAGAAAGAUCUACGCGUUCGAAGGUUCUCAAUUUUAAGGAACCAUAUGUGCUCCAGGUGGUUCUUAAGACACUGCAAACAACUUGAUUGAUGGCAUUAAAAUAUUUCAAUCAUUGGAAUCAACAUAUUUUUACAAAAUAAUCCCUUUGGCCCCAAACCUCCCAAGGGCCAUACCUCACUUUCUGACCACAAAGUACACUUUACCCUGUUGACAGGUACUGUAAAAGAAAAUACACUUUACUCAAAUGAUGGAUGUCUCUCUGCAUGAGACUUUGGGAUGGAGCGAAAGCUACAUUUUAACAAAGUUUUAAACUGCGCAGGCAAUUCUUUCCCUCAGAAGUCCACGUGAAAGUACAAUACUUGCUGUAUAAGGGAUGAGGGUACUUCUCUAGAUUUCUCCAACAAAGCAAUGGUGGGCAUUGUUUAUAUUUUCCUGUGUAGACAUGUACUGUACAGUUGAUAGGAUCCGAAUCUCUGGCAUUUUGAAAAAAUGAUUGGUUGAGCAGGGAGUAUGUUUGUGGGAAAGAGAAACCUUAGAGUACACACUACCAUGAAGUGAUUGAUGGGAAUAGGAAGGACAUUAAUCAAUCAGGAUAGACACAUUCAAAAGCUCAAAAUCAAAUAAGCAGUAAAACGAACUGUUAUUGUUCCCCAGUCUGAAGUGAACCCAAAUCACAUAAUGUUCAAUAUGGUAAUGUGGGUUACACAUUUCAACCUCCUUCCACCAUGUUAGAGUCAUCUCUUCCAAUGUGCAUUUGCCAAGUCAAACAAACACAUCUCCUGAUGAGACAGUUAGUUGGCCUUCUUGUCUAGAUGCUUUAAUAGUAAAGAACAUGUGCUUGGGAUUUCAUGGGAAGAUGGGAUAAACAACAAGUCUGAUAUUGCAAAGCAAAUUGAAAUCACAAGUGACACAAUCACAUAAGACAAUUGGAUCGAUUUCAGGGUUGGAUCUCAAUGUUAUGAUUUCCAAUUCCAUUAUUUAAAAUAUAUAUAUACAUUUCCCAAAAAUGUCAUAUCAACGUAAAAAUGUUUUCAUCUUCCCCAAGGCCUGUAAAACAAAACCAAUUGUAUUAUUUAAGGGGGUCAGUGUAAAUCAAAUAAAACUUUGAAAUGUAA